UUGGCGCGGCCCUGCGCGCAGUGCUGUGUGUGAUUGAGGGCCGUGCCGUGCCGUGAUACCGGGUUCCCUGGCUCCUCUGGUACCACGGCUGCCUCCUUGGGAGGUGAAUGAAUUCUUUCAUUGUUUGCUGAGUUGCGUUUAUCGUUAGCCUCUUCCUUUUUUUUUUUUUUUUUUUUUUGAAGUAUAUAUUAGUGUUGUCUAGCAUGCCUCCUCUAACAGAAAAGGACAGACCGAUUGUUCAGCUGUUACUGGGCGCUGGCACGUGCCCACGAUGUAUUUUCAGGUUCUGCCGUGUGGGAUCGCAGACGCUUUAUAGACAUCCAUACAAGGAGUUGAUGAAGGAUUUGAAACAAUUCCUGAAAGGUAAUCAAGAAAAAGAAGAUACAGCUUGCUUUGAUGUAGCUGAUCCGCCUUGUAAGCGAUUCAGACGUGGACAUGCAGAAGAAGGGCCUGAUGAUCUGAACCAGAAUGGAAUGCUCAGUCAGAUUCCUUUGGUUAAUGAUGAUAAUGCUGCUGUGGAGAACUCAGCUGAGGAGCUUUGCAAUGUGUGUUUGGGAAUUCUUCAAGAGUUCUGCGAGAUCGACUUUGUUAAAAAGAUCUGUGAAAAGGUUAAUUCUUCUGACUACCAGUUCACCAGUUUUGUAUUUUCUGUGUCACUACCACCACAGCUUUCUGUCAGGGAGCAUGCUGCUUGGCUGCUGGUAAAACAGGAAAUGGGAAAACUGGGCCUUUCCUUGGCAAAGGAUGACAUUGUUCAGCUGAAAGAAGCUUAUAAGUGGAUUAUUCAUCCCCAGUUGUCAGAGGAGUUGGGUGUUCCCACUGAUGGAAAGAGUUUGUUUGAAGUUAGUGUGGUCUUUGCUCACCCAGAAACAGAUGAGGAGUGCCAUUUCCUAGCCACAGUCUGUCCAGAUUGUUUCAAGCCAGCAAAGAAAAAACAGUCUGUUUUCACUAGAAUGGCAGUUAUAAAAGCCCUAGAGAAGAUAAAAGAAGAAGAUUUUCUCAAGCAUUUUCCAUGUCCCCCAAGUUCACCGAAGAACCUCUGUGUUGCUCUGGAAAUUCAGUGCAAUAAUGGUGCAGUUUUUGUGGCUGGAAGGUACAAUAAAUAUUCAAGGAAUUUACCUCAAACUCCCUGGAUUAUUGAUGGAGAGCGGAAGCUGGAAUCUUCAGUGGAAGAACUGAUUUCAGAGCAUCUAAUGGCAGAAUUUAAAGCAGAUAGCUUUAAUUUUUCUUCCUCUGGAAGAGAAGACGUGGAUGUGAGAACACUAGGCAAUGGAAGGCCUUUUGCAAUUGAGCUUGUGAAUCCUCAUAGAAUACAUUUUACUGCUGAGGAAAUGAAGGGACUUCAGCAGACAAUUAAUAACUCUUCAGACAAAAUACAGGUCCGAGAUUUACAACUUGUCACCAGAGAGGCAAUUGGUCGUAUGAAGGAAGGUGAAGAGGAAAAAACGAAGACCUAUAGCGCCUUAAUAUGGACAGACAAAACAAUACAGAAAGAACAUAUUGCAUUUCUAGAUAAUAUCAAGGAAUUAAAACUUGACCAGAAGACACCACUCCGGGUUCUUCAUAGAAGGCCUCUGGCUUUAAGAUGUCGAAUCAUUCACACCAUGAAGUCUGAGUACAUAGAUGAGCAUCACUUUCGCCUGCAUCUGAAAACACAAGCAGGAACCUAUGUUAAAGAAUUUGUGCAUGGAGACUUUGGAAGAACAAAGCCAAAUAUUGGCUCCCUGCUGAACAGAACCACGGACAUUCUGGAGUUGGACGUAGAAUCUGUGGACAUUGACUGGCCUCCAGCCCUGGAGAAUUAGCUUCACGAGUUGGGAUGUCACACAGCAGCUCCCCGGUCAGCAGUAGUUUACUGAAGGCUGUACAGUACUACAACUUGGUUACAAAGUAUUUUUGUUGAACAUUUGGAUCAUGUUGAUCUGCCAAAGGACACUGCUCCUUUGUUCAACUCACUCAAGUGGUGGUCAUUCAAUAUCUAGCUUUUUUAAAAUGUUCUUCUCUGCGUACAGCAAUUUUGGCAAGCUAAUGUAUUGAUAACAAAUCUUUUAAAAAUCUGCAAAGAAAAACAAAUGGUGUGCUGAGUAGGUACAACAAAUGUGCUUAAUGCAGUACUGUUUGAAAUGUUUAAUUAAAAAAAGUUAACCAAUACAGCUAGAUUUUUUAAUUAUUAUUAUUGCUUUUAUAUUUAAUGCUGUAGCUUUCUGAUCUGGGUGCGAACAGCACUGAAUCACCUGGAAUGCAGCUCUAACACUUUCUGAGCACUACUUGUGCAGGGCUGUUAACCAAGCCCACAGGACAGUGCCUGAAGGAGGUAUUCUGCCCUGUGCCAGCUGCUUUUUGAUCAGCGUUGGUUUCAGAGAUGGGCAGAUGUGCUUCCCACAGCACUUUUCAAAGCAAGAAGAGUUUCCAGAUAAGAACUUUGCACUUAAAAUCAAGUGUCUCUCAUUUAAAAACACCAGUGAUGUUUUGUAGAAACUCCAUUUGAGGUGUUUGCCUCCUCAGCAGCUCUUUAGCUGAAUUACAGGCCUCUUCAAGCAUAGGAUUUCCCUGAGUCACCGUCAGGCUGGGGAUUCCUGGCAAAAGUGCGUGGUGGAAUCCUAGUGAAAAAUAGGGAUACCAAUAAACUCAGGAAAUUAAGGUUUGGACUUUAAGGCUCUUCAUUAAUGAACAUUUCAGAAAUAAAGGGUGAUUAUUUUUCAGGGAAAACAGUGGGGGCAGUGAAAGAUUACGGAGAUGUUACCGUGAAGUCAGUGGUGCCAGGACCUCACAGAACAGCUAGGUGGUAACUGCAGGUGAAGGCUCAAAAGGCCCAUGUAAAAACUCAUCUUGAAAAGUUAGCCUGAAUUUUACAUACUCUGUCAUGGGCUGUCAAAACUUUCCUCGUUUGUUUUCCUAGUCCACAGUGACAUAACAAAGCAUAGGAGUUGUUCAGAAGGUCCCAUGUUUUAAAUGCAAAAAUGAGCCAUGAUUCAGACAGCAAGAUUCUCUCAAUUUCAGUCAUAGGGCUGUUAUGAGAACUGAUCCUAGGAGUAGUUGUCUCAUACAUAAAUCUUUGCCCAGAAUGGAACUGUUGUGAACGAUGGAUAUCUUCAGAAACUAUUCAGGAAAGAAGGAAGAGAAAACUUCAGGCUACUGUGUUAUUUCUUGACACAAAUGGUGUAUAAGUUCUAUACACUGGAAACACACGUAGGCUGGACAAAACAGACAUUAGAAGAGGUGUCCCAAAGGGGAAAUGGUGCUAACUGGGACUUCUGCUCCUGUUGCAGUUCAGAGACAGUUCAUCUUGUUUUCAAAUGUAAAAUACCUACUUGUGAAUACUCCAGUAGGACAUUUCCUAAGAGUAGUAAGAGCAAGAUUUAAUUUUGUUCUUGUGGUAAAUGUGAAACAGUAGAUGUUUUCUAGCAGAUUACGUGUAAAUGCUAAAAUCUAAGAGCCAGUGUUCCUUAUCAUAUUUCUUCAUACCAGAAGGACUUGGAUGAAGCUGUUGUACUUCUCCAAGUAGCUGCUCACCCAAAGCAAACCCCCUGCUGCACAAAGCUGUGCCAGUAGCACAGCCUUGGCUGAACAUGAGUGCCUCUGUCCUCCCUGUCCGUCAGUCAUGCUACUGUGCCACAAAGAACUGCCAAGUGCUGAGGACUCCUUACUGCACCGUGGCCAGCAGCAGUUGUGAAUGUAACGUAAAAUAUUCUAGGAAGACCCAGGACAAGCAACCCAAAUCCCAGCAGCUCUGCGUGGCUUCUCUAACAUGUCUUGUAGUGUUGCAAGGCUGAGAAGGCUGAAGAAGCUCAGGACUCAGUAUAACCAGUUCUUUAAUUACCAAACCAACUUGUUUACAAAGGAAAACAGAAUUUUGAAAAUAUUUAAUUAUACUGUAAAAACAAAUUGUGCUAUAAAGAGCAUUCUAUAAAGAAAAUGUUUACAUUCAAUAAACUUAAACAUUGAGAACUUAAAAA